AGCUCUUCUACUCUCUCGUCGCCGGCGUGGCGCGCCGUUCUCGAGCGAGCCACCGAUCCUCAGAUUAUCUCCGUCUCUCCGAGCUGCAACAGCGCCGACGACGCCAGCAUCCGGAGAAAAAAAGCGAAUAACGAUCGUCGUCACCGUCACAGUCGUCGUCGUCGUCAUCGUUAGCGUCCUCGCUAAGUAAGCCGGACGGGAAGUUUGCAUUCGACUGUUUGCACGAACGAACCGAGAGAUAGACGCGCGGCGAAGCGCGAGCGCGCCCACGACAGAAAGAGUAGGAGAGAGAGAGAGAGAGAGAGAGAGAGAGAGCGAAUGUGAGAGAGAGAGAGAGAUCAAGGAGGAGCAGGAGGUGGAGGUGGGGGUGGAGGCAGAGGGAGGGGAAGAAGGAGGAAGAGAAGAGGAAGAAGGGAGUGUGUGGGAGGGAGCCGGAGGGCGACUUUUCUUUUAUUUAAGCUUGACACUUCGCCGCGAGCGCACGCAUACCGGAAGUGCGGAGCAAUACGGUCGUCGUAGAAGCUCCGAGAAUAAGUUUGGAAAAGAAGAAGAGGAAGAAGAGGAAGAAGCAGAAGAAGAAGAAGAAGAAGAAGAAGCAGAAGAAGAAAAAGAAGAAGAAGAGGAAGGAAAGAAAAGAAAGGAGGAGGUGCUCGUGCUCCGAGUGGUGCUUCUUCUCGGUCGUGGCGGUCGUGGUAGUGGUGGAGGUGGUGGUGGUUGCCGAAGGUGCUAUUGCUUUUCCGGCUACUUUCGGCCCAUCCAAUAAGGGUGGAAGGAACGAGAAAAAGGACGGGCCGAGAUAAAAGUUUGGAAAAUAUUUGACGGAAAAGGAUGUUGCUACGCUCGUCCCUGUUUCCACCAUCGAACAGGUGGACCUUACCUCCCGUCUUCGUUCGGACGUACCCUUCGUCGACGUUGCCGUCAGAGCUGUCAUCGCCGUAGAAAAAGGAAGAAAUGUCAAGGUGUUUUCAAGCUGCGACCAAGCUCGAUCGCAAAGAAACGUACGCGAGUCACGUUAGACAAAAGUUCGAGCUGAUUUGAAACGUUUGCUCGUCCUGUCCCUUCUAGCUCCUUCGUUCUUCUUUUCUUUCUCUCUCUCUCUCUCUCUCUCCCUCUCCUCCUGUCUCUUUCUCUCUCUCUGCCUCUCUCUCCUCGCUCUUUCAGGAAGGAGCACAAGUACAGUAUUUUUGAUCCAAAGAUAUAGAGAAAUAGCUCUCGGAGAUACCAAAGAGGAGGCUACGAAGAGCAAGGGUACGAAGCUCGAAGGCAAAAAUCGAAGAGAGGCUUUCGAAGAAAGAGGGGGAGAAUCGGCCGAUCGUCGCAGGGUAGUUUUCGGAACGACCCUCGAGAAAAGUAGGAGCUCUCGAAUCGGAGAGAACGUCAAAGGAGAAGCGCCGGUGCCCGGGGCGAGGAGGAGUCCUCGACGCGUGCCAGGCUGCUGAUCACAGGCACCGCGCGCGCUAAGAAGAGUAAGAGAGCGUUCGGAGCCGUAUCGGAGCGAAGCGGAGUUCGAGGGAGAGGGGAUAGGGUAAAGCGAGGGGUCCUUCCGUUCGGGUGCUAGGGGUGUGCACCCCUGGACGAGGGCUCCCACUCGACUCUCUCUCUUUAAAGUGGGCAAAACGCGCGCGCAAAGAGAAAGAGACGUCCUCGGGGCGAUGACAGGAUGCCUUCGUCUCGACCAGCAGCAGGCCGUACCUACUACGAAGGACCUCCGGCUAGAAUCGCGAGGAAAAUCGUCGCACGAAUCGCCGCUAGAAUCGCCCGCACCGUAGCCCUUCUUCUCCUACUCUUCGAGCAUCGCCGCGGCAGUUGUUUGAUGAGCAAUUCGGUGGACGAUUGGGUUAGCGGCAGUGCGGUCGUUUGCAACGGAAUACCUGGAUUGACGAAGGAGCAACGUGAACUCUGCCACAGAAACCCGGACGUGACGGUAGCGGCUCUGAAGGGACUACAGAUGGCGAUAUUAGAAUGCCAGCAUCAAUUCAUGUGGCACAGGUGGAACUGUUCCUCCCUCACCCCGAGCAGCAGAACGCAGCAGAGCAGCGUGCUCCUACAAAGAGGUUACAGAGAGACGGCCUUCGCUUACGCGAUAUCGGCAGCAGGAGUGGCUCAUAGCGUGGCGCGCGCCUGCAGCAUGGGAAGACUGCUCUCCUGCGGAUGCGACCCGUCCAGCUACAAAGCGAAACCGCCGGCCAAGGCCAGGGGCACCCAAUGGAAAUGGGGCGGGUGCUCUCACAAUCUCGAUUACGGCAUGGAGUUUUCGAGACAGUUCCUAGACUCUCGCGAGAAGGCCGGCGACAUACAGUCUACCGUUAACUUGCACAACAACCAAGCAGGACGUUUGUCGGUAGCGAGCAACAUGCAAGUGAGAUGCAAGUGUCACGGCAUGUCCGGUUCGUGCGAGCUCAAGACGUGCUGGAAGGUGGUGCCGGACUUUCGAAUAGUCGGCAAGACGCUCAAAGAUCGUUUCAGAAACGCCGUCCUGGUCGCGCAGAGCAAUCUCGGAAGCGUCACGCCGUUGGCCAGAGCAAGAGGAUCGAGGAGAAGAAGACCGGAUCGUCAGAGACAGAGGAAGCAUCGGGAGAGAGGAGCCGGGCGCAAAAGGAAACCGCGGGAUCUCGCGAAGCAGCUCUUUUAUUAUCAAAAGUCGCCAAACUUUUGCGAAAGGGAUCCUGCCGCGGACAUUCCCGGCACGGCCGGACGUAGGUGCAACAAGACGAGCUCCGCCGGGGACGGUUGCGGCAGCCUAUGCUGCGGAAGAGGUUACAACGUCGUCAGGCAAAGGCGCACCGAAAGGUGCAGGUGCAAGUUUCAUUGGUGCUGCUACGUUCAGUGUCAGAAUUGCACCGUCGAAGAGUGGAUCACCGUUUGCAAGUGAAACUCUAACCGAGUCGUCCUGUUGCGAACUAUGCGCGCGAAACUACCUUUGGAUUUUCAGAGCCAAUUUCGUUCGAAGCCGAUUCCGAUGCGAUUUAACGGAUCCGCGAUCCACCCCGACCGUCGUCGCGAAUUACAUUAGACAUAAACAAAAUCAUCGUAGAUCGUAAGAAAACUUUUAAUUUAUUUAUAUCGACGUUCUAUUUAAUUAAUAUUUAACUUUAACUUCCAACCCACUCUACACCUCCGUCGCAGUAUUAUUAGAAUCAAGCCGUAUGCGCGCGUUCGUGCGAGAGAACGCGCGCGUACAUUAUAUACGAUUUAAUUAUACGCGUACAAUAAAGAGAGUUCCUGUAAUCCUCAUCUAGCUCAUUUGCUUUAUCCCUCGG